AUGCUUCCUCAUGUUGGUGUAGGAGAGUAUUGUGAGACAAAGAAAGCUUACUAUUUUGAAUAUAUUAUUCACCAGCUUCUGCUACGUGCAAUUGGACGAAGGGCGGAGGAUGAUAGGGAUCACUAUGGCAAUAAGAGACUCGAUCUUGCUGGUCCUUUGCUUGGUGGCCUCUUUCGAAUGCUAGUCAGAAAGUUAACAAGGGAUGUGAGAGCUUAUGCUCAGAAGAGUGUUGACAAUGGGAAGGAUGUUAAUCUGCAAUUUGCAAUUAAAGCGAAACCAAUUACUAGUGGCCUUAAAUACUCACUUGCUAUUGGGAACCGGGGACAGGCAAAUGCAGCCGGUGAAUGUGCAGUAUCAUUUUUAAAAUGUUCUCCGAUUUCUAUAGGUGUUAAAUCGCCUAACAUAUGGCUCCACUUUGUCACACUUGUGAAGAUUGAAUUCUCCAAUAGGGCGAGAAGGGUCUAG